CCCACUAUGGCAGCCCAGUAACCCACAUCACUUAUAAAUUUUAACAAAAAAUAAUACUCCAUUUGUGUUUAGUAGACUUGAACUUCAAGAGGAAACCCUAAUUCCAUCUGAAGACAACGAAUCAAGAGGAAAGUAGAUCAUACUUUCUGUUCUCGCAAAGAGAAGUGUUGUAACUAGACUUGAAGAAAAAUACUAAUGGAGUGUGUGGUACAAGGAAUUAUAGAAACACAGCAUGUUGAAGCCCUUGAUAUUCUUCUUCUAGGCCUAUGUGGUGUUCCUAAGGAAAACAUAAGGGUUCAUGAAUUAUGCCUUAAAAGUGGGCCCAACCUAGGUACUGAAGCAUCAGAGAUUCGAAUUCUGUGUGAUCUCAUGCAGCCGGAGCCUGCUUGGACGGUUCGGCAUGUGGGGGGCUCAAUGAGGGGUGCGGGUGCUGAUCAAAUAUCUGUUUUAGUUCGGCCUAUGGUAGAAAGCAAAGCAAGCAAACACGUGCUUCGGUUAUUUUAUUUGCUUGGGUACAAGUUAGAUCAUGAGCUGCUGAGAGUCGGGUUCGCUUUUCAUUUUCAAAGGGGCGCUCAAAUAACUGUAACGGUUUCUUCUUAUAGUAAGUUGCUAAAGUUACAUGCCACUGAAUCCAUUGAUGACAACGUACCUGUGACACCUGGCAUUCAAAUGGUUGAAGUGACUGCACCUGCGUCAGCUGAAAAUUACACCGAAGUUGCUGCAGCAGUUUCUUCGUUUUGUGAAUAUCUUGCACCACUGCUGCAUUUGUCGAAACCUGGUGUUUCAACCGGAGUUGUUCCAACUGCUGCAGCAGCCGCAGCUUCUCUCAUGUCAUUCAGUGGAUCUACCAACAUGUAGCUAACAAUUACCAACCAAAACUAUGUCUUUCAUGUCUUUAUUGAUAUUUCUAAAUGCAGGCUGUAGGUUUGAAGUUGUUUUAUACUUUUUGGCUUUUUUUUUUUUUUUUUUUUUUUUUUUUUUUUUUUUUUUUUUCGCAUGAGUUGGAUCCUAGAACAUUAUGUGAUAUCGUUAUAUGUAUUUCUUGAUUAUGAAUUGUAAUCCGCUAGAAUAUUUAGCGGACAUUUGAAGAUCGAAACAUGAUGACAUGAGUCUGCCGCCGCUCAAAGCAAUUUAAUAAAGAUGUUGAUAAUCA